GACACGGACAUGACUGUUUUUAUCAUUUUCCAUCAAGCUCACCCAAAACUCUGAGGAAUCUAUUCCCACUGAAAGCAGAGGGAAGAUCAGAAAUUAUUUUCGAGCUCCUGGAGCUGGAGCAGAGCUGACUGCGUGCUGAGAGGAGCCGGAUCCGUGAGAAAUGUAGCUUGGCUCAGGGCUACAUAAGGGAGCUGCGACUUCAGCUGUGAGAGAUGGCAAAACAACACCUACCUCAGGUUUUUCAAUGAUUAAUGCUAUUUUAAUAACCGGGAGGGAAGAGGAUGUGAGGAAUUUUGUGACAUUAACUUGUGGCAAUGUUAUCAUUAGAGAAAGUGAGGAAAUUGACUAGACUUGAACUUUUCUUCGUUUUGAUGCUCUUUUUCUCUGGACCCACUCUGAGCAAGCUGACUCGGACCCCCUGGAAAGGAAAACCUUGGAAAGGAGGAUCUCGUCUUCGCCAGGAAGACUUCCCCCCGCGGAUUGUGGAGCACCCUUCAGAUGUCAUUGUCUCUAAGGGAGAGCCCACCACUUUGAACUGUAAGGCAGAGGGCCGGCCAACGCCCACCAUUGAGUGGUACAAGGAUGGUGAGCGGGUGGAGACUGACAAGGAUGAUCCCCGGUCUCACAGGAUGCUUCUGCCCAGCGGAUCCUUUUUCUUGCGCAUCGUACAUGGGCGCAGAAGCAAACCCGAUGAAGGAAGCUAUGUCUGUGUUGCAAGGAACUAUCUCGGUGAAGCAGUGAGUCGAAAUGCAUCUCUGGAAGUGGCAUUGUUACGAGAUGACUUCCGGCAAAAUCCCACAGAUGUUGUAGUAGCAGCUGGAGAGCCUGCCAUCUUGGAGUGCCAACCUCCCAGGGGACACCCAGAACCCACCAUCUACUGGAAGAAAGACAAAGUUCGAAUUGAUGACAAGGAAGAAAGAAUAAGUAUCCGUGGUGGAAAACUGAUGAUCUCCAAUACCCGGAAAAGCGAUGCAGGGAUGUAUACCUGUGUUGGCACCAAUAUGGUGGGAGAAAGAGACAGUGAUCCAGCAGAGCUGACUGUCUUUGAACGACCCACAUUUCUCAGGAGGCCAAUUAACCAGGCAGUGCUGGAGGAAGAAGCUGUAGAAUUCCGUUGUCAGGUCCAGGGAGAUCCUCAACCAACUGUGCGAUGGAGAAAGGAUGAUGCCGACUUGCCAAGAGGAAGGUAUGACAUCAAAGAUGAUUACACACUGAGAAUUAAAACCAUGAGUACAGAUGAAGGCACCUAUAUGUGUAUUGCUGAGAAUCGGGUUGGAAAAGUAGGCUCUGCUUCUCUCACAGUCCGAGCUCGCCCUGUUGCUCCUCCACAGUUUGUGGUUAGGCCAAGAGAUCAGAUUGUUGCUCAAGGUCGAACAGUGACAUUUCCCUGUGAAACUAAAGGAAACCCACAGCCAGCUGUUUUUUGGCAAAAAGAAGGCAGCCAGAACUUGCUUUUUCCAAAUCAACCGCAGCAACCCAACAGUAGAUGCUCUGUUUCGCCAACUGGAGACCUCACAAUUACCAACAUUCAGCGCUCAGAUGCGGGUUACUAUAUCUGCCAGGCCCUAACUGUGGCGGGAAGCAUUUUAGCAAAAGCUCAACUGGAAGUUACUGAUGUUUUGACAGAUAGACCUCCACCCAUAAUUCUACAAGGCCCGGCCAACCAAACACUAGCAGUAGAUGGUACAGCAUUACUGAAAUGUAAAGCUACUGGGGAUCCUCUUCCUGUAAUUAGCUGGUUGAAGGAGGGAUUUACUUUUCUGGGUAGAGAUCCAAGAGCAACUAUACAAGAACAAGGGACACUGCAGAUUAAGAAUUUACGGAUUUCUGAUACUGGUACUUACACUUGUGUGGCUACAAGUUCAAGUGGGGAGACUUCGUGGAGUGCUGUGCUGGACGUGACAGAAUCUGGAGCAACAAUCACUAAAAAUUAUGACUUAAGUGAACUGCCAGGGCCACCAUCCAAACCACAGGUCACUGACGUUACUAAGAACAGUGUCACCUUGUCCUGGCAACCAGGUACCCCUGGAGCCCUUCCAGCAAGUGCAUAUAUCAUUGAGGCUUUCAGCCAAUCGGUGAGCAACAGCUGGCAGACGGUGGCAAACCAUGUGAAGACCACGCUCUACACAGUGAGGGGAUUGCGGCCCAAUACGAUCUAUUUAUUCAUGGUCAGAGCGAUCAACCCCCAAGGUCUCAGUGACCCAAGCCCCAUGUCAGAUCCCGUGCGCACACAAGAUAUCAGCCCACCAGCACAAGGAGUGGACCACAGACAAGUACAGAAAGAACUAGGAGAUGUCAUUGUCCGUCUUCAUACUCCAGUUGUGUUGACUCCCACCACGGUUCAAGUCACAUGGACGGUUGAUCGCCAACCCCAGUUUAUUCAGGGCUACCGAGUGAUGUAUCGUCAGACCUCCGGCCUGCAGGCAACAUCAACAUGGCAGAAUUUAGAUGCCAAAGUCCCAACUGAGCGAAGUGCUGUCUUAGUCAACCUGAAAAAGGGGGUGACUUAUGAAAUUAAAGUUAGACCCUAUUUUAAUGAGUUCCAAGGAAUGGACAGUGAAUCUAAAAUAAUUCGUACUACUGAAGAAGCCCCAAGUGCCCCUCCACAAUCUGUCACUGUGCUGACAGUAGGAAGCCACAAUAGCACAAGUAUUAGUGUUUCCUGGGAUCCUCCUCCUCCAGAUCAUCAGAAUGGAAUCAUCCAAGAAUACAAGAUCUGGUGCUUGGGGAAUGAAACACGAUUCCAUAUCAACAAAACUGUGGAUGCAGCCAUUCGAUCUGUAAUAAUCGGUGGAUUGUUCCCAGGUAUCCAGUACCGGGUAGAGGUUGCCGCUAGCACGAGUGCAGGGGUUGGAGUAAAAAGUGAGCCGCAGCCAAUAAUCAUUGGGGGACGUAAUGAAGUUGUCAUUACUGAAAACAAUAACAGUAUUACUGAGCAAAUCACUGAUGUUGUGAAGCAGCCAGCCUUUAUAGCUGGUAUUGGUGGUGCCUGCUGGGUAAUUUUGAUGGGUUUUAGCAUCUGGUUGUAUUGGCGAAGAAAGAAGAGAAAGGGACUCAGUAACUAUGCUGUUACAUUUCAAAGAGGCGAUGGAGGACUAAUGAGCAAUGGGAGCCGUCCUGGUCUUCUAAAUGCUGGGGAUCCCAGUUACCCAUGGCUUGCUGAUUCGUGGCCAGCCACAAGCUUGCCAGUAAACAACAGCAAUAGUGGCCCAAAUGAGAUUGGGAAUUUUGGACGUGGAGAUGUGCUACCGCCAGUUCCAGGCCAAGGGGAUAAAACAGCAACGAUGCUCUCGGACGGAGCCAUUUACAGCAGCAUUGACUUCACGACCAAAACCACUUACAACAGUUCCAGCCAAAUAACACAGGCCACCCCAUAUGCCACCACACAGAUCUUGCAUUCCAACAGCAUCCAUGAAUUGGCAGUCGAUCUGCCCGAUCCACAGUGGAAAAGCUCGAUUCAGCAAAAAACAGACCUGAUGGGAUUCGGAUAUUCUCUACCUGAUCAGAACAAAGGUAACAAUGCCUUACUUUACAUCCCUGACUACCGAUUGGCUGAGGGAUUGUCUAAUAGAAUGCCACACAACCAGUCACAGGAUUUCAGCACCACCAGCUCUCACAACAGCUCAGAGAGGAGUGGCAGUCUCUCAGGUGGGAAAGGUGGAAAAAAGAAGAAAAAUAAAAACUCUUCUAAACCACAGAAAAACAAUGGAUCGACCUGGGCCAAUGUUCCUCUACCUCCUCCCCCAGUCCAGCCCCUUCCUGGUACAGAGCUGGAACACUAUUCAGUGGAACAGCAAGAAAAUGGGUAUGACAGUGAUAGCUGGUGCCCUCCAUUACCGGUACAAACAUACUUACACCAGGGUAUGGAAGAUGAACUGGAAGAAGACGAUGAUCGUGUCCCAACACCUCCUGUCCGAGGCGUGGCUUCUUCUCCUGCUAUUUCCUUUGGACAGCAGUCCACUGCAACUCUUACUCCAUCCCCCCGGGAAGAGAUGCAGCCCAUGCUGCAAGCUCACCUGGAUGAGUUGACAAGAGCCUAUCAGUUUGAUAUAGCCAAGCAAACAUGGCACAUUCAAAGCAAUAAUCAACCUCCACAGCCCCCAGUUCCACCAUUAGGUUAUAUGUCCGGAGCCUUGAUUUCCGAUUUGGAAACAGAUGUUCCAGAUGAUGAUGCGGACGAUGAGGAGGAAGCUUUAGAAAUCCCCCGGCCCCUGAGGGCACUAGAGCAGACACCCGGAUCCAGUAUGGACAAUCUAGACAGCUCUGUGACAGGCAAAGCUUUUACCUCCUCUCAGAGACCUCGACCAACCAGCCCAUUUUCUACUGACAGUAAUACCAGUGCAGCCCUGAGUCAAAGUCAGAGGCCUCGGCCCACUAAAAAACACAAGGGAGGGCGAAUGGACCAACAACCAGCUUUGCCUCAUCGAAGGGAAGGAAUGACAGAUGAUCUUCCACCACCACCAGAUCCCCCUCCAGGUCAGGGUUUAAGGCAGCAAAUAGGCCCGAGCCAGCAUGCUGGUAACGUGGAAAACUCAACAGAGAGAAAAGGAAGCUCUCUGGAAACACCACCAGCAUCCAACUUAGAAGACACAAAGAGCUCAUUGGAUUGUCCAGCUAGAACGUCCCUAGAGUGGCAGCGACAAACCCAAGAAUGGAUAAACUCCACAGAACGCCAAGAAGAUAUACGGAAAGCCCUACACAAACAAAGUGUUGGACCAGAGGAGACAUUGGUGCCCUAUAGCAAGCCCAGUUUCCCGUCUCCAGGAGGUCACAGCUCAUCAGGAACAGCGUCUUCUAAAGGAUCCACUGGACCGAGAAAAGCUGAGGUGUUGAGGGGAAGUCACCAGCGCAAUGCCAGCGACCUUCUUGACAUAGGAUAUAUGGGCUCGAAUAGUCAAGGACAGUUUACAGGUGAAUUAUAGUAACUGAGAGGAGACAUGCAAAGCUGCUCUGAAGGACCACCAGGUCUGAACUCAUGGAAGUGAUGACACUAAACAGUGCAAUGAACAAUUUCUUUAUUUAUGUACUAUUAAAAGAACUGUAAAUGCAAUGUAAAGACACACAGCCACACAUAUCCCACAGAUAUUUUACUUGUGUUCUUCUCUUAAGUACACCACCCACCUUAACUCUUUCUUGUCAGGAGUAUAUAAAAAAGAAAGAAAACAAAACUCGCCCUCCAGGAAGAAAAGGAUUUUCCUCUGUAUAUAAUUUCUUUCGUGCAUUGCUAUGCAAGCUCCUUCUUUUUAGCUCUGUUCAUACUAUUGUCUGUUUUUAUUGGUCUGUUGUACUAUAUGUGAAUUAAUAGGCUGUGGUGCCAUAUAUUAACUUUUAAUUGUGUAACUUUUAUGUUUAAAUUUUGCACUGCAAUUUUAUUUGGUGAUAAGCACAAAUCUCUACUCCUCGUGACAUGAAGAACAGGACUGAAUGUGAAGGGAGUUUCUGUACUGUAAGCUAGGCUGGGUGCGCUGGUUGGAACCAAUCACGUUAGAGGGUUUGCAGUUGGGGUGUAGGAAUAGAAAGAUGCAAGGGAACAGUGGUGUUGGCAAAGUCUUCUUUGAAUAUCAGGGACUGAGUCAAAAAGAAAAGCAGAAAGGUGGCUUUUACUAUUGACAAAAAAGCAGGGGUGAAAGAAAGAAAUUUAAGUCUUCAGGCUAAAUAGCAAAGAUGUACUAAGCUUGCUUAAAAAAAAAAAAAAGGAAAUUAAGGUUAUAUGUAGAAUCAACUUAACCUGUUGUUGUAAUUGACCUGUCUGAGAAUUAUAACAAGCAGAAGGAAAUUAAGGUGUUUCAUAAGAGCUGUGUUUAUAUUACAGUUUUUUAAAAAAGCAUUUUCUGAAUUACCAUAAUUAAUCUCUCCAACUCAUUAAGCAGACUAUAAUAUGAAGUUCCCCAAGGAAACAAACAAAAUGAACUCUAGAAUAUCUAGCAAAUAGUUAAAGAGGCAAUUUAUUAUUAGGACAUACUCGCGCUGCUUCCAAAUGCAAAAACUCUAUUGCAAUAUCUCGUUUCAUCUUUCUAAUACAUGUACAGUACACACUAGAGGAUAGAGCUGCAUCACUUAAAUUUAUGACUUUGGAAAAAUAAUGCAGUCUAUAGACAAUUUUGUGUUUUAUUUGGUUAAGAAGUGAAGUUUAUGCCACAAAUGUAUCGCCAAAUUGUAAGUGCUUACAAGGCAGUGCUCAGAGUAUGUUCAGUUCACAGUAAGUAGAUUUAUUGGAAUAAACAUUUUAUGGUACAUUCUCAGAAAUUGGCUACCAACUAAAAGAUGUUUGACCCACUUUGAAUGAGUAAUUUGAAAAUGAAAAUUUAAAAGGAGAAAAAUGCAUGUUUAUACACUUUUUAAAUAAAACCAAACCUCGUUAAGUGGACAUUAA